CGAGGAAUUCGGAGCGCCGUGUGGACGAAUGAAAAACAACGAUGCACGAGACACGCUUGUUAUUGGCCACGAGCCUGAUAAACUUUGUUAUUUCAAUUGCUCAUGGGCGGAUAUUAAUUAAGAGUCGCUUAAGCUGCCUGGCGCGUUGCCUGCUAUCACACGACAAUCGGCCCUCUAACUUUCGAUCAAAAUGGAUCCGCACCUUUCUUCAAACGCGUGAGUCACGAGACGCGAGCCUUCACCGUCUCAAGGAAAGAUGGCAUCGCUGCCGAAACUCAGCAGCCAGGACGAGGAUGGGCCGAACCCACAUACCCAAUACACAGGCGUCACGCAGUUCGAGCCCAUACCGCACGAUCAUGAUUUUUGCGAAAGGGUCGUCAUUAACGUGAGCGGGCUACGGUUUGAGACGCAGCUGCGUACGCUGAAUCAAUUUCCGGACACGCUCCUUGGCGAUCCGCAUAGGCGUAUCCGAUACUUCGAUCCGCUUCGCAACGAGUACUUCUUCGAUCGGAAUCGGCCCUCCUUCGACGCGAUACUUUACUAUUACCAGAGCGGUGGCAGGCUCCGUCGCCCGGUCAACGUUCCUCUCGAUGUCUUCUCCGAGGAGAUCAAGUUCUACGAGCUGGGCGAGCUGGCCACCAACAAAUUCAGGGAGGACGAGGGGUUCAUCAAGGAGGAGGAGAAGCCGCUGCCGUCGCACGAGUUGCAGAGGAAGGUCUGGCUGCUGUUCGAGUACCCGGAGAGCUCGCAAGGCGCCCGGGUAGUGGCCAUAAUAUCCGUGAUCGUGAUCCUCCUCUCGAUCGUGAUAUUCUGCCUGGAGACCCUGCCCGAGUUCAAACACUACAAGGUCUUCAACACUACCACGAACGGCACGAAGAUCGAGGAGGACGAAGUGCCGGAUAUCACGGACCCGUUCUUCCUAAUAGAGACUAUUUGUAUCAUCUGGUUCACGUUCGAGUUAUCGGUGCGCUUCCUCGCCUGUCCAAAUAAACUGAACUUCUUCCGUGACGUAAUGAACUUCAUCGACAUCAUCGCGAUCAUUCCUUACUUCAUCACCCUCGGCACAGUGAUGGCCGAGGAGGAGGAGACGCUUGACCUACCAAAGGCGCCGGUAAGCCCGCAGGACAAGAGCACGAACCAGGCGAUGUCCCUGGCGAUACUCAGGGUCAUCAGGCUCGUAAGGGUGUUCCGGAUAUUCAAGCUGUCCAGGCAUAGUAAAGGCCUUCAGAUCCUCGGCCGUACCCUCAAGGCCUCCAUGAGGGAGCUCGGCUUACUCAUCUUUUUCCUAUUCAUCGGUGUGGUGCUAUUCUCAUCGGCGGUAUACUUCGCGGAGGCCGGCUCCGAGAAUUCGUUCUUCAAGUCCAUUCCGGACGCGUUCUGGUGGGCCGUUGUCACGAUGACGACCGUGGGCUAUGGUGACAUGACGCCCGUGGGAGUCUGGGGGAAGAUCGUGGGCUCUUUGUGCGCGAUCGCCGGUGUGUUGACGAUCGCCCUGCCUGUGCCCGUCAUUGUCUCCAACUUCAACUACUUCUAUCAUCGUGAGACUGAUCAGGAAGAAAUGCAGUCGCAGAACUUCAAUCACGUGACCAGCUGCCCGUAUCUUCCUGGUACGAGUCAACACUUGAAGAAGAGCUCGAUGUCAGAAUCGUCGUCGGAGAUAAUGGAGUUGGAAGAGGGCAUAUUGCUCACUCAUCCCGAGAUUACGAAGAAGCCCAACUGCAACCCUCGCCAUAAUAACAAUAUUAAUCCAGCCUGUAUGAGCAUCGAGACUGACGUCUGACUACUAGUGAAGGAGACUGUGGCAACGUGGUGGCCAAUGCUGGGACAUUUAUCGAAGAACAGCUACAGCUUCCUACGAUGCCUGACGUAGGCCUCCUUCACACGUCGUCGUAGUCGCGCUAGCUGCGAUCGCUAACGAUAGCGCGUGUACGCAUGCGCGCUAGCUGUUAGCUCGCACGCGGCUGCGCAUGCGCGCGCGCGCACCAACCCGCCGUCUGUCCAUAAAUUUGUCAAUACGAGGGGUGCUUCCAAUCCAUUUUACCACGUUUGUCAACGAGACAAGAAGAAGAAGAAGAAAAAAAAAAGGACGUGAUGAAAAAACGAGGGAAUUCAACGACCAAGAAUCGGCUGGCUGAUAAUCAGUGUAAUUUUUUUCCAUCAGAAUUCGAGAGUGAGUUCGAAAAAAAUAAUAACGAGAGAAGAAUACGAAGCAGGGAUGUGGAAAACGUCAAGGGACGACGUUAAACGACGUAACUAUAUAUAUAUAUAUAUACAUAUAUAUAUAUAGGGGCCGAAAUGAAGGGCGAAAAAAAAGUGAAAAGUAAACGAGAAAAGAGGUGGCAACGAGAGUUUCGACCGAGAGGAACCGUGUGUCGAAAAAUAUCGGGACAGCCGUUUCAAAGGUGUUUACGGUAUAAACGCACCCCACGUAGGGACCUACAUGCUAAUAAGGGGAUGGAUCGGCAUGUUUCAGUCGCUUGUCCACUUCCCACACCACCGACUCCAGUGUUCAAUACAAAUGAUAACAAAUAAAUAAAAAAAUAAAAAAAAUAACAAAUAAACGGUAUAAAAAAAACGAAACGAAAGGGGGGGAAGGGGAAGAAGAGUGAAGACGGUUUCGCGAACUCUAAAAAAUAAAAAUAAAUAAAUUUAAAAAAAAAUUAAAAAUAAAACGAAAAAAAAGUAUAUAAGAGAACGUCGUCGAGCCUUACCCCCCACCGAUGUUCGCGCAAAUGGCCGGCUAACAAUGGCGGAUCGAAGGGGGUAUCCAGCCGGCAACGAAACCAGGGGAAUCGUACCAGAUAAUACUAAUUAAUUAUUAUCGAUGUAAAUUAUAUCGAGGUAGGCGAAGGUACGCUAAACAAACAAACAAACAAACAAAAAAAAAAUAAUUAAAUAAAAUAUUCGUUUUAAUGAAUUAUAACACUGCGCGAAAACGGACGAAGCCACGAUCGAGCGGAAGAGGAGGACAAAAUGAUGGAGGAGAGAAAGAGAAAGAGAAAGAGAGAGACAGAAAGACAGAGAGAGAAAGAAACGGAAGGAAAAAUGGCGAUGGUGCUCGCGGUGAGAGGACGGACUUACGGAAGAUAAUAUCGUACGUGUUGCACGGCGAGUAGCUAACAAGUGUGUCUUGCAGCGUAGAGACAAGUUUCCUUUUUUUUUUUUCACUAUGAAUAAAAUACUCAAAGUAAGUCGGAAUUAUAUACUGUAUAUUCGUAUAUUUCGAACACCGAGAGACCAUUUGGAAUGCAAUUCGUUUUUCGGGGUGUAACACCAACAUGUACUCCCAUAAUCCAUAACACGUAAACAUUUAUACAAAACUCAUACGUACACACACAGGAUACACACGAAAUCCACGACCAACACAAACAAAAAAAAUAUUAUAUACGAUAUUUCAAAGGGAUAGGCGUGCGUUGCUCUCGUCGAACGGUUAAGUAGCGGUAGCCGUCGAUCGUGCACGAAUCACGGAGUUACAUAUACGAUGUAAGUCGAGUUUUAGACAACAUCGGUGCUUUCCAAAGACGAGUGUAAAAAUUUUAUGGAGAAAAUAUGUUAUCGUCGAGUUAUUUCGAAAAAAAAAAAAAAAAAGAAAAA